CCAAAAACAGACAUACCAGGUGGAGAGCUUGGGAGAGUGGCAUCAUUCCAUCUGGCUGUGAGCCCUGGCCGCACGCAGGCUGCCUUCACCAUGGACAGUAUGAGCACAGCCAUCUUGCUCCUGCUCCUGCUCCUGGCUCUCGUCUGUCUGUUCCUGACCAUCAGCUCAAAGGGCAAAGGCCAGCUGCCUCCAGGCCCCAGACCUCUCCCAUUCCUGGGAAACCUGCUGCAGCUUCGCUCCCAAGACAUGCUGACCUCCCUCACCAAGCUGAGCAAGAAGUACGGCUCAGUGUACACAGUGUACCUGGGGCCCAGACGGGUGGUGGUCCUCAGUGGGUACCAAGCCGUGAAGGAGGCCCUUGUGGACCAAGAGGAGGAGUUUAGUGGCCGUGGCGACUGCCCUGCCUUUCUCAACUUCACUAAGGGCAAUGGCAUUGCCUUCUCCAAUGGGGACCGAUGGAAGGUCCUGAGGAGAUUCUCUGUUCAAAUUCUGCGGAACUUCGGGAUGGGGAAGAGGAGCAUUGAGGAGCGGAUUCUGGAGGAAAGCAACUUCCUGCUGGCGGAGCUUCGGAAAACUGAAGGUGAGCCCUUCGACCCCACGUUUGUGCUGAGCCGCUCCGUGUCCAACAUUAUCUGCUCUGUCAUCUUCGGCAGCCGCUUCGACUACAAGGACGAGCGUCUGCUCACCAUUAUCCACCUCAUCAAUGAGAACUUCCAAAUCAUGAGCAGCCGCUGGGGGGAGUUGUACAAGAUCUUUCCGAGCCUCCUGGACUGGCUUCCCGGGCCGCACCGAUGCCUUUUCCAGAACUUCGGGCGCAUGAAGGACCUCAUUGCCCGCAGCGUCCGUGACCAUCAGGCCACCCUCGAUCCAGAAUCUCCCCGGGACUUCAUUGAUUGCUUCCUUACCAAGAUAGCACAGGAGAAGCAGGACCCGCUAAGCCACUUCCAUAUGGACACACUACUGAUGACCACACAUAAUCUGAUAUUUGGCGGCACCGAGACCGUGGGCACCACGCUGCGCCACGCCUUCCUUGUGCUCUUGAAGUACCCAAAAGUGCAAGCCCGCGUCCAGGAGGAGAUCGACCGCGUGGUGGGUCGCGAGCGGCUGCCGGCGCUGGAAGACCGAGCGUCCAUGCCCUAUACAGAUGCGGUGAUCCACGAGGUGCAGCGCUUCGCAGAUAUCAUUCCCAUGAGCUUGCCGCACCGGGUGAUUCGGGACACGGCCUUUCGAGGCUCCUUGCUACCCAAGGGCACGGAUAUCAUCACCCUCCUUAAUACAGUCCACUGUGACCCCAGCCAAUUUCUGACGCCUCAGGAAUUCAACCCUGACCAUUUUCUGGAUGCCAGUCAGUCCUUCAAGAAGAGCCCUGCCUUCAUGCCCUUCUCAGCAGGACGUCGGCUGUGCCUGGGCGAGUAGCUGGCGCGCAUGGAGCUCUUCCUCUACUUCACCCCCAUCCUGCAGAGCUUCUCUCUGCAGCCGCUGGGGGCGCCCGAGGACAUCGACCUGACCCCGAUCAGCUCGGGUCUCGGCAAUUUGCCGCGGCCUUUCCAGCUGCGCCUGCGCGCGCGCUGACGCCGCAUCCUUUCCAGAUUCGCCUGGGAGCGAUGAGGCCCGCACGGAGGGCUUGUUCCCUCAGUCUUCUCGUUCCACUGUGCCCCAUCCUCUCACCGUCACAUUUGCUUCCCCUCACGUUGCGCAUGCCACAUGCCCAUCCCCCAUCAUUCCUGUCUUUACUGGGUCUGCGCCCCUAGAGGUAGAGAAAGCCGCGGGGAAGAGGAAGCUGAUGCCGUGUUUAACCCACAGAACUCGUUCUAUAUUGCACUCCUUUUGGGGAGCUUUUUGUAUCAUUUCCCAGUAAAUUAUCUUUAUAAUAGAUUCAAA